UUGACUAACGGCGAGUUGUGAGAGAUCGUCUCAGCGCGCUAGAUUCGUUCGUCGAUUUACGCGCGCAAACUUAAUCAAAAUAUGACUUGACUGAAUCGGCAACAGGUUUUCCGACGAUGGCUCUUCUGGAAAGAACAUUACUUUUAGUGUUGGGUGGUUUGUUGUUAUCGGUUGUUGACGGUGCCAAAAAAAAUGUUACGAUAAUGAAGUGUUGUGGGUCGGAUGAGACCCUGACCUACGACAACAAAUGUCUCAAGAACGCGAGCGUGUCGUGGAAAUUAACAAUUCUUGUAAAUAAAACACUCAACAAUUUUAACAGACUACCUGCUACUUGGAUAGUUAAAGAAAGUAGUCGGCCGCCGUGCUCUGAGCCGAAAAUCGGUGAUCUCGUAAGAAAAAACGUGAUUCCCUUUAUCAACGGGCGCAUGUAUAGUGUGGAAUAUAACGAUCAAAUUGAUGCUGAUCAGUAUUGCAUCGAUUAUAAUUACGCGUUAUUCUGUCACAAUCCGAGUCCAGAACGCAUUACGUAUGUGUAUGUUAAGAAGUGUUGCUUGGAAGGUGCGAUUUUUUCCGAAACCAAUUCUAGUUGUGUCGGAAUGAACGAUAAAAGUUAUAAAAUUGACGUAGGUCAGGAGAAAAACCUUAAUUAUGGCUUCCCUAAUUGCGAAGACAAUGCGAUUGUCGUGGCGGGAAAACAACACGAAUCGCAGAUAAUUAACAACGGCAGUUUAUGGAUGAUGGACAGGAAGAUUUUACUCAAUCCUGGAAAUUAUUGCUUGGAACACAUUCUUGAACAUGCAGGAAGAUCACCCAGCGUCAUUACCUGUCGCGAACAUCUGCCAUCAAAGCCGAAUGUCAAGCCGACGAUAAACCAAAGCGAAAACGACCUCCGAUUUACAAUAUACCCGAUCGGGUUAGCAAUCAGCGCCAUAUUCUUAGCUGCCACAUUGGCCGCUGGAUCGCUGCUCCCUGCCAGUCACCACGUGUUGCAUUGGCGAUGUCAAACCAACCACGUGGCGUGUUUGCUUGUGGGAGAUGUCUUAUUAUGUAUAACGCACCUGUCGGGUAGACUGGAGUUUGCGCCUUGCUUCGCGAUUGCCGUCGCCAUGCACUUCCUGUUUUUAUCGGCUUUCUUCUGGCUCAAUACCAUGUGUUUCAACAUCUGGUGGACUUUUCGUGAUUUGAGGCCGCAGAACACCGAAAAGAGCCAAGAGAGAUUGCGGCUAAGAUUGUACGAAGCUUAUGCAUGGGGAAUGCCAUUUCUUAUUGUAUUCAUUGGAGCUAUAUCCGACCUAGCUUGUAUUGGCAGCGAUUGCGCUUUUUUGAGGCCUAGAUUUGCCGAAAAUAAAUGCUGGUUCUUUGGGGACAAAGAAAUAUUCACCUUCUUUUUCGGGCCAAUGGGAACUCUUCUUAUUAUUAAUUUGCUCCUGUUUGUUUUGACCGCCAGAGAACUGACAUGCGGACUGUGGAAGCGAGAACUAGUUAAGUCAACCACAGAGAGAGCCGCGUUGGGGAGAGUGUGUAUGAAAUUGGUGGUGGUAAUGGGAGUGACAUGGAUAGCAGACGUUAUAUCCUGGGUGGUUGGUGGUCCUCAAGAAAUUUGGUAUGCCACAGAUGUCAUCAACUGUUUGCAAGGAGUUUUUAUCUUCAUAGUCGUGGGAUGUCAGCCUCAGGUACUUUCGGCUGCAAAAAGGGCCUGGUUUCUUCAGAAACAUCGACAGAACGGAGCUGCUGAUACAGCAAAUCACCAUUCAUCAAGUUCUCAAGGUUUGCCGUCAGUCGGCGACACACUGACCAACACAAACAGCGUCACAAAUACGACAAAGUCAGUACCGUUAGAAACCAGCUGUUAACUUCUGACGAUUUUGUUAAUUUAUUUAUUUUCACUGCCUAUUUCUCUCACUGAAAAAAUAAUUGCAUGUGAUUCUGAUAAAUAAUAUAAGGUACAGAAAAAAAUGCGGCGUCGUAUUGCUGAAUUUGAAAAAUUUUGGAGGAAUAGGCUAAAUUAUGGUAAGUUUACAACUAAAUUUGUGCCAAAACUGUGCCUAACUAAAUUAGUAGAAUAACAACUACCUUCUUGAAAUGAAAAUUUCUGUGAUCUUUUUAGAAAUGCGUAUCCCUAAGCAAGUGUUUUUGUUUUUUCGUGUUAUAGAUUUGUCUCAACUUCUUAUAUACUAUGACUUUUAAGGAAUUUAAUUAUAGGUUUAAGAUUUACAUUUUAUAAUAUUUGUAUAACGUUAUUAGUUCCUUAUUCAUGAAGCAUUUUUUGUAUUGUUCAUAAUUCAUUUUUGUUGAAAAUUAGCACUGAUACAGAUCGACGCAUUUUUGUUUCCAGUAUUAAUAUGUAGAAGUGUUUUGAUCUUUUGUUGUACCUAUUUAAUUUAUUUCCUUUUAAGGCUGAUCUAAAAAUUAAAGCUUAUAAUAGUUUGUAAGUGUUGUUAAAUUAUAAUUUAUGUUUGUAGCAUUGUCAGUAUUUUUGUAUGAAAAUAGAAAAUAUAGCUAAAUAGUACUUUUUUCUGGUCGUAGUAUACAAGCAAAGAUCAUAAAAACUGAUAAAUCUAUCUAGGACCGAGGAAAUAAGAAGUGAACGCAAUUACAUGCAUGUGUGAUAAAUUUAUAAAAUAUUAGGACAAAAAAAUAUAGUAUAGUAUGUCACAAAUUAAAAUUUUUCCAUUCUUUGCAUAGAUACUAGGUUUUUUGAAUCAGAAAAAUUGUUGUUUUGAUACAAGAUUGAAUUGAUAUAAGCAGAAGAUAACUAAAAAUUAAUGUGUCCAUCACCUUUGUGAUUCAUAUCACUUGUUGCGUCUUAAUUGCAAGUUUAACAGAA